CAGCUUCACAGAGAGAGAGAAACAGAAAGAUGGUGACAUUUCAGCUGUCACAGUGCUUAAAGCAUGCGUCUCCUCUUUAUCUCCUGGACACAAGAUUUUUCAGGCGCCAGUGUAUAAAAGGGAGGGGCGCACGCUGAGCUGCACACACUCUGAGUGAGGCUCAUCGCACACACAGACUGGUAAGACACAUGGACUGUCUGCAUUUGUGUGGCGCUACAAAGCAAGAUGGUUCGACUGAAAACAGAUUCAUCUUUAUACUCUUCUGUUUUCUUGAGAUCAGCCAACACAGUUGAGACUUGUCACAUCAUUAUGUUGCUCUCCCAGAGUUGUUUCCUCUCUUUCUACCCAGUAAUCAUGUCCAGUGGAGAAAAGUCCAAGACUUCUUCCCAGACUGACGGGACGAUUGCUCAGAGCAAGAAGUCUGAGAUGGGAAUGAUGUCCUACAAGAUGUACGUGUUUGACCAGGAGAACUUCCAGGGUCGCAUGAUCGAGAUCAGCAAUGAGUGCAUGAAUAUAUGUGAGAUGGGCAUGGACCAUGUGCGUUCCCUGCGUGUUGAGUGUGGACCCUUCGUAGGUUUUGAGCAGAUGAACUUCUGUGGUGAGAUGUACAUCCUAGAGAAGGGAGAGUACCCUCGCUGGGACUCCUGGAGCAACUGCCAGAAGAACAACUACCUGCUGUCCUUCAGGCCCGUGAGAAUGGACCCAGACAAGCACAAGAUCUGCCUUUAUGAGGUGGGAGAGUUCAAGGGCCGCAAGAUGGAGAUCAUGGACGAUGACGUUCCCAGUCUGUUCUCCUAUGGCUUCACGGAUAGAGUGGGCAGCAUUAUUGUCAGCUGUGGAACCUGGGUGGGAUACCAGUUCCCUGGAUACCGUGGGAGCCAGUAUCUGCUAGAGAAGGGUGACUACAGGCACUUCAAUGAGUACGGUGCCCGCCACCCUCAGUUCCAGUCAGUGAGGCGUAUCCGUGAUAUGCAGUGGCACCCACAGGGCCGCUACAACGUGACCAGCAAGUGAGGUUUGGGGAAGGAGAGAAAGAGAAAGACUGGAAGUGAGGGAGAGGGGCGGAAGAAGAGGGAAAGGGGGAGAGAUAUCUGAGGCCUUUACCUCAGUACCUUAAAUGGUCUAUGAUCUAAUGCAGUGAAGGAAAGGGUGAGGAUCUAGAUCUGCCCCUCACUGGAGACAACACCUCAGUGGAAGGACUAGCUGGACCACCAAACCCAGCAGACCACCCUCCAUUCCUCUCUGUCACUACUUUUCUCUUUCUCCCCUGUGAGCUGCACUUUGCUUUCCCCCUUUUCUCCAUUUUUUUUUUUAGCUCCGCACUUCAUUCCCCUUCCAUAGUCCUCUGAGACACUGGUGCGGGAGCACAACACCUCUUGUUCUUUUACACACAUAAUUCAGGGUAUGAUGCACCAUGGGAAACUGAGUCUCUUAGCC